CAGACGAGGGCAAGCAGAAGGAUUAUGGCGAUUUAGUAGCGUAGCGGGCUUGCAGCGUCCUGGAUUUCUAGGUCACGAUGUUCUUCUCCGGCGAUCCGGGGCUGCGGCGCAAGGUGGAGCUGCGAGGGCGCAGCUCUAAGGAGAGCGAUCGGCAAGGGACUCUCAACAGGGUCAAGGACGAGCGCGAGCAGCGGCAGCGAGCGCGGCUGCGGCAGCAAGGCGCUCUUCGAAUCCAGAAAUGCUUUCGGGGAAGGCGAGACGUAGCGGUCAAUCAGGUCCUCAUUCGAGAGAAAUUCGUCGCAGCUUUCGGAGAAUUUAGCGAUAGAGCGGACAGGAACGUCUUCAAGCCCGAGUCUUUAUAUCUUCCUCAGAUUUUCUUCAUGAUCUCUCCGAAAAAUUCAGCGGAUUUCUACCGGCUGGCUGGAGCUUGCCGCCAUUUUCUUCGAUGCAUGAGUGAAACGGAAGGUGGUGUCUUUUCGGUUUUUGUUAGCGGAGACUAUACGACUCAAAGAUGUGCUAUUAACUAUAGAGUGAAGCAUUUUGCGAUUCUUUGUCUACAAGGUCUCUACCAUCACCGAGAAUCACUUAAGGAAGAGUUAAUGCUUCCAGAAGAUGGAUCCAGAGACGAUGUCGCAGGGGUUCUCGUGCGCACGAUUCUCAGCCUUGCAACGGUCGAGUUGCCUUGGUCUGGAAGUCUUAUUGAGCACCUUGCACUCAACAAGAUGUUUUGUCUUCUUCGUGAUCUCGUCUUGACAUUGAAAAACACAGAUGCUCGAUCAUUGGUGAUGUUAUCUUUGGAGCGGCUUGUACAUCAGCUCUCUGUUUUGUAUGUGGAAAAGUUUCAGUACUUGAAGCCGGUGCCAUUUACCUGGAGUCUCCCGGCUCAGAUAUUUUCUGUUCCACUUCUCUGGCGACGACUUCCGCGUCUGAAAGAGGUCAGCGUUACGGACGGUGUUUGGGCUUUUGUUGUUCAUCAAACAGCCAUAAAUAAACUUGACUUGAGGACCUCUCUUCCUUCUGAUGUAAGCCCUGAGUUUCCGUCAUUUGUUUGCUUGCUGGGAAACCUCUUGGAAAGCUCACGACUCGCCAUGCAACAACCAAACGCUAUGAUUCAGCUGGUCACAGAUAUAGCAAAUGUAGCACGGACUCUGUUGAGCACUCCACCGAUAACCUGUGCUCUUUGUCCGAAGGAAACGUUCAGUGAUGCCAGCGAGGACGACGACAUGAAAAUUGACAUUGAAGAGAGCUUUGCUUUAGAACCAGCAUUGAUAUCCCAGCUAAAGCACGCGUCUGAUGGGAUGUUCCUGAAAGAAAUGGUGAGGGUUGCCUUCUCACAAGCUCCACUCGAUUUGAAUACGGUUGCUACACCAUUUGGUGGUGCUCCGGAAGCCAGUGCGGUUUCUGCCGUUUGCGGCUUUUUAUAUGCGGCAUUUUCUGUACUGGAUAGAACUACAAUAGUCUCGCGCUUGGCAUACGUUGCGAACCUGGUGCCUCCACUGUGGCAAUAUAUUACUUCUUGUCGGCUGAAUAACAACUGGCCAGCGAUCGAGCUGCCUUCUCAGGAUGCGCAGCUAUCACCAGAGCUACUUGGUUGGAUGCUGCCACUUGCGGUUUUCUGUCCCGUCUUCAGUCAUCUGCUUUUUAGCAUGGACAACGAUGAGUUCUACAACAUGAAACAACCGAUAAGUAUAGAAGAUGUUAAGCAACUGGUGCUUAUUUUGAAGGAGGGACUCUGGCAGCUUCUGUGGGUUAUGCCUUUCAAGCCGUCAGCCUUCGUCGCUUCCGAUAUAUUUGUGUUUCAAAACAUGCGUCAAUUUUUUAUAAAUGUCUCUGCAAGUCUACUGGCGGAGCUGCAUGACCGCAAUAGCAAGCGGCAGUUUGCACCAUCACACACAUUUCAUGCAAGGGAAGCGAUUGAAGAAAGCUUUUUCCACCAGGCAGAAGGGGAGAAUACCAAAGCCCGGGAGGUUCUCAACAGAGCUCCUUUUCUAAUACCGUUCACACUCAGAGUUCGUGUAUACACGGCUCAACGAACUGCUGCAAGGCAAAACACGUCCCGCCAAUAUGGACUUCAAAUCAAAGUGCAACGAGAUCGUAUUAUCGAGGACGCCUUUAUGCAGUUCAAUGUGCUCAGCGACGAGUCUCUGCGGGGAACGAUCAGAGUUUCUUACGUCAAUGAACUCGGUGCUGAGGAAGCCGGAGUCGACGGAGGCGGCAUUUUUAAAGAUUUUAUGGAAAACAUAACCAGUGCAGGUUUUGACAUACAAUAUGGCUUGUUCAAGGAAACUGCGGACCAUCUUUUGUAUCCUAACCCAGCGUCCCAUAUGGUCAACGACGAGCAUCUGCAAUACUUCGAGUUUUUUGGCAAAAUAUUGGGAAAGGCAAUGUUUGAAGGGAUUCUCGUGGACAUACCUUUUGCCAUGUUUUUCCUGCGUAAGCUGAGGAAGAAGCACAAUUACCUACACGAUUUACCUUCGCUGGAUCCAGAGCUUUAUAAGAAUCUACUUUUCUUGAAGAACAACCCAAAUAUGGUGCAGCAGCUGGGCCUCUAUUUCGUAAUUGAAGACAAUGAAUAUGGAGAGCAAUUAGAGGUAGAGCUUCUUCCAGGGGGAAAGGAUAUCCAAGUCACCAAAGACAACGUCUACCGAUACAUUCACUUGGUAGCAAAUCACCGUCUGAAUCACCAGAUCCGGCAACAAAGUAACCAUUUUUUGCGUGGCUUUCAACAACUUAUAAGCCCGGAAUGGUUAGAUAUGUUCAACGAGCACGAACUCCAGAUCCUUAUCUCCGGAUUUGAAGAUGCCAUGGACAUAGACGAUCUCCAUCACAACGUGAACUAUGGUGGUGGCUAUCAUGAGAACCAUCCGGUGAUUCAGAUGUUCUGGGACACCGUGAAAGCCCUGGAUGCAAAUAUGCAGCGGAAGUUCCUAAAGUUCGUUACAGGAUGCUCGAGAGGGCCAUUGCUCGGCUUCAAAUACCUGGAGCCUCGAUUUUGCAUCCAGAAGACCGCUCCCGAAGGCGCAGCAGAGGAGGCUCUUGACAGACUCCCCACGUCGGCGACUUGUUUGAACCUCCUGAAACUCCCUCCUUACAAAAGCAAGGAUACGAUUCGUGAGAAGCUACUCUAUGCAAUAGCUGCCGAAGCUGGAUUCGAUCUCAGCUGAGUGACUAAGCUCUGUACAGAAAAAGCAAAAGUUUUGAGGAGAUUUUGCGUUCCUCCUUUGUAAAUUGGAAAAUUUGGAACCCGGUUAACGAGCGUUUUGUAGGAAGCUUGAGAAGGUUCAAA